AAAAAUUUAAGCCGAAAAAACGAUGAAAUGGAAGCAGUAAUUGGAUUGAGUGAAUUAUUAGACGAAUUGCUAGAUUCGUCUUCAUCAUCGGAAGAAGAGAUUGAGGCGGUUCUUUUAAGAAGAAACCCUUAUCCACGCGUGCAAGACUUCAUAGUAAAUGUUGUUCACUCCUACACCGAGUUGGAGUUCAAAACAAACUUCCGCAUUACCCGCGGCAGUGCAGAAUAUCUCGUGGCAAGGUAUUCCUCUAGCAGAUGGUAUGUAAAAAGGAGCUACAAGGGAGGCAGACUGCAAUCUACAGCGGAAACUCAUAUGCUUUCUUUUUUGUGGUUUAGCGCUAACAAAACUACGUUCAGAGAAGUAGCAAACCUUUUUGGCGUGACGUUGUCGAACAUUCAUUUCACCUUCAAUAAAGUUUUGAGUUUCUUAGUGGAAGCUGUUGCGUCGGAGUCAAUAAGAUUUCCAAAGGAAGAUGUUGAGAAAGAAGCUAUUGCGAAGGAAUUUGAAAAGGUUUAUAUUAAAACUUAAAAGUUGGUUAUUAAAGCACUUUUAAAAAAUGUUCUUUAUGACGUUAAUAGAUUGCUGGGUUCCCAAACGUUUUGGGCUGUCAACUUCUUCAUUCGCUUUUUCAUUACUUUGGUCAUCCGGUUCAUCAUUGUUUUCUUCCUGCUCGUUGUGUGAUGAGGCGAUAUUUAAACGGCCUUUCUGAAUUUUUCUUGUGCUAGGCAAGGAUUUUGAGAGACGUUCCAAAACAAUUUCUGUUUUUAUAAGACCCGCCGAACAGCCGGCACAGAUAAGGUAUUUUGGAGGGAACUCAACAUGAUCACCAAUUAUAAAGUUUAUUACACUAGACAAUUGUGUGCCUAGUACUAUUUCCUUGGGAUUAAAUAGUUUGGAAUACUUAUUCUUACACAAACUGCACGUAUCCAUUUUGGUUAUUUUCCUGAAGCCGACUUUAAUAAAAAAUCGUGGUUCACGUCUCUUCUUCAUGUUCCACGGAAAACACCCCCCAAAAAAGU